AUGCCAGAAACCACUCUUGACAUCAAGGAAGAGACUGAGGAAACAGCAACUGUUAACUCUGAAGAAGAUAAAGAACCAGAAGACAAAUGGGUGAUAAGGGAAUGUGAACUGUACAAGGAUGAAUAUAAGGAUUGCACCAGCUUUAGAGGUCGAUUUCAACAAUAUUUUGUUUAUGGUGAGACCCUAGACUGUAACCAGUGGAAAAAGGAUUAUGAUAACUGCUGUAAAUGGCAAGAUUAUAAGGAUAUAAAGGCUGCCAAUGCUCUGAUAGCUAGUGAAAAAGAAAGACGUAUGGAGAGACUUAAAGCACAUUAUAGGAAUGAUGUAUGGAAAAAGCGGGAUUCACCUCCAGACGACUGGGCCAAGCCUUUACCAGAGUGGAUGCAGAAAAGAGAUGAGAACACAUACUUAGCAAUAAAAGCUAAAGAAAUGAGAGAAGGAAAAGAAGAUACACCUGAAAAAAAGUUUUGUUCCAUAAUGUGA